GCAAAAACACCCAAAAUAUUCUGGCGCGCAAGACAAAAAAAAGAAACAGGAGAAAACAUCGUUUGGCUAUGCUUAGCUGCAAGGCAAGCCUGUCCUCCCUUACCAUGAAGACAUCCAAAGCAUCAUCUCAGGCUUCAACACAAGAGGAAUGUGGUGUUUGGCUAGACACCGCUGACCUCAAAGGAAAAGCAAAACAGAAAAGACCUAUACCGAUAUCGAAACUACUGAAUCCUUUGGCUCGGUCUCGAAGUUACAGCUUAGCAGUGGCGCUGAAUUUCACACAGACUAAAAUCCAGAUGCCUGUCACCAAACAGAGCUCCAUAUCCUCAUUCUUUACCCUACAGCCCAAAGUGACCGCAAAGAUGCCUGCCUCUCCAGAACCAAGUAGAAAUGCAGCAAACAUUACACCGUCCACAUCUAACGUGUGCACCUCAACUUCACCUAAGCGUGCUAACAUUGGGUGCGGGAUCAAACGGAAACGUGUGAUGGAGUGGACCGGGAAACAGGGCAAAGGCCCUCCACCCACCACCAUACAGACUAGUCCUGGGGGGAAAGAGAAUCCAACAGGCAUCCCGAGUGAGUGGGACAACCAGACCUUCAGGGAAAGAGUAUAUUGGGAAAGAGCAUUUAUGCCCCGACUGAACAUGGACCAUUUAUCUGAGGAGGAAAUGGAAGAACCAGAAAAAAAGAGAAAUCUCUCUGGGAGGUUCCCUUCUCCAGUGAAGACUGGUGCUCAUGGGAAAGAUUGCAAUCAGAAGGAGCCAUUGAGUGCAUAUAGCAUUCCCCAGUGUAAUCCAGGCCUGACUGAGUCCUGGGGCUUCCCUGCCCAAGAUUCCAAGGCGCAAUGUGUUCUGACACACAAGAACCCCCCAGUUAAUAUGUCAAAGUUCAGUGGCUCAGAAACGGCCUUCCCAGACAGCACGCAGAGUCCAGGGGGAUUUAGGGCUCUGCUGGAUUUACAAGGGCACACCUCCACCCAGAGAGGGCCUGUGCAGUUUCCUUUGAUGUCACAGGAUGUCCAAGGGAAAGAAAACGAUUAUACUGUAUCAAUCGGUUUGCCGUCCUCAAACAAGGCGCCUCUCAGCCCUGUUACCACACACAGACAGAUGAAACCUCCCACUCCAUCGCCAUGGAAACAUGUUUUAGAACAGCCCUUGAAACAUGUUUUAGAACAGCCCUUGAAACAUGUUUUAGAACAGCCCAUGAAACAUGUUUUAGAACAGCCCAUGAAACAUGUUUUAGAACACCCUUUGAGAGAGGCUGAGGGAGAUACUCUUGCAAUGCUGUUCACUCAGGACUCUGAGGGCUUCCAGGUGAUAGCCCACCGUGAUGUGUUUCCAAGGAGCCCUUUAAAGGACAGGACUAACGUAUUUGCUGGUGGUAAAGAAUGUAUAUCUGCUGCUGAUCAAACACUGCAGGUGACAGAGGAAGAAGAGGAGGAGAUGCUCUUCACCCAAGACUCUCAGGGUAAUAUGGUCAUCAAACACUAUGUAUGAUGAUGCAAAGUAUUAACAUUUUAAUGAUUUUCUAAAGAAUUGUGUGUGUGUGUGUGUGUGUGUGUGUGUGUGUGUGUGUGUUGUGUGAAUCACUUGUGAUCUUUACUUAGAAUUUAAUCUUUAGUCUGUUCACGUUCUGUCUGGGUUAAUUUGAGUAUUCUAGUAAAUGUUUUUGGAACAUUAAUCCUUUUUUAUACUUUUAUGACACUGAAUAAAAUGUCAAUAUAUUCUAAACAAAUUUCAACAUGUCACACAAGCAUUCAAGUUUUGGUUUUAUUUUUAAAAACAAUACAUUUACAUACACUAAAUUCACUGCUGGGUCUGAAUUAGAAUGUGUGUAAAGCCCUCUACUUGCUGGUUUGACUGACAAUACAUUUCUGUCAUAUACAAAUAGCCUUCAACAAA